AUGCAAAUAAGUACUUCUCCGUAUAUACCACUUUUCUUCUAUCUAUCUAUCUAUCUAUCUAUCUAUCUAUCUAUCUAUCUAUCUAUCUAUUUCAGUCUGUUCAUCUCUCUCUCUCUCUCUCUCUCUCUCUCUCUCUGUUUAUAUCUAUCUAUCUAUCUAUCUAUCUAUCUAUCUAUCUAUCUAUCUAUCUAUCUAUCUAUCUAUCUCAGUCUGUUCACAUCUAUCUAUCUAUCUAUCUAUCUAUCUAUCUAUCUAUCUAUUUCAGUCUGUUCAUAUCUAUCUAUCUAUCUCUCUCUCUCAGUCUGUUUAUAUCUAUCUAUCUAUCUAUCUAUCUAUCCUCAGUUUGGUAAUUAUCUAUCUAUCUAUCUAGAAGUUUAUAACGCAUUUCCAACACUUUCCCUUUUUCAAACCUUUUUAUUUUCUCUUCCCAAAUUUCCUCGACUGAUAAAAAACAAAGCCGAUCAAGGCGGCAAUUUUUCAAAUUAUACUUUGACUCCCGUGGUCAAUUUUUCUUCCAUUUCUAGGCAAGAAUGCAGCAUACGUUUUGAAACUUUCAUCAUCAACCAUCAUUUCAUCAUCUAUCUAUCGCAGUUCAUACAUAUCUCUUUACCUCAGUCUGUUCAUGUCUGUCUGUCUGUCUGUCUCUCUCUCUAUUUAUCUAUCUAUAACGCUAAGCCUGUUCAUAUCUAUCUAUCUAUCUAUCUAUCUAUCUAUCUAUCUAUCUAUCUAUCUUCAUAUCUGUCUGUCUGUCUGUUCAUUAUCUAUCUAUAUCUCAUUUUCUUCAUAUCUAUCUAUCUAUCUAUCUAUCUAUCUAUCUAUCUAUCUAAGCCUGUUCAUAUAUAUCUCUCUACCUCAGUCUGUUCAUAUCUAUCUAUCUAUCUAUCUAUCUCAGUUCAUAUAUAUCUCUCUACCUCAGUCUGUUCAUGUCUGUCUGUCUCUCUCUUUAUCUCUCUAUCUCUCUCUCUAUCUAUCUAUCUAAAAUCUAUCUAUCUAUCUAUCUAUCUAUUUAUUUAUCUAUCUAUCUAUCUAUCUAUCUAUCUAUCUAUCUAUCUACUUUUGAGAUGCCCACCAGGGAAGGAGGGCAACACUGGAAGGAAGACGGAGGCUGUCUUUCUUGUCUCACUCGCCUUAUCUUAUUAA